AUGGGGGUGAAUACUGAUGGCGAGGAGAUUGAUCCAGGAUCAACAAUAACAGACGGACUGGAACUCACUGAGAAAGCUUGCGAGUUUGUUCAUCAACAUGAAAAUGAGGAGAGUCUCCCUCAAGACGCUGAUUGUGACGUAGGAAUUCAGGGUCAGAAACCGGUUGAUGGACCAAGGAUACCACGGAUCUCAUCACUGCAACACAUACGACCACAGCAGACAUCAGCUGUCUUGAAUACUGAACACGAUGAAACGCAGGAAGAGCAUACAGAUGGAGAGAGAAAUGUAUCUUCUAAUACGCCUACAUCACAACGACAUGACGCAGAUAUAGAGGACGAAAAUACAGAGCUGUCACACGGCGCUCUUGUAGAUUUGAAUACCAACACAUCUGCUGAUGACAAGUGCCUCAAAUUGGAAGAAUGCACAUUUUCUAUGCAGCCAGGAGAAAUCAUGGAAAUCUUAGAGCCUGAUACCAAUGAUGAUUGGGAUGCAAUGUAUAACGCACUACUGAAUGAAAUAUCUCCGAGUGAUGCAAGUGCGUUCAAACUAGAACUACCAUUCAACCCCGACAUAGAACAGAUGGAUGCGGAAGGAUACACACAGCUCUACAGGGCAGCUUUUGAAGGUCAUCUCGAAAGUGUUGAUGAUCUCAUUUCACGGGGAGCAAACCCAAAUAACCCAAGUCAGGAUGGACUCCGUCCUCUUCACGCAGCGGCUCAUGAAGGUCAUGCACAAAUUGUUGACGUCCUCAUCCUGCAGGGAGCAGACGUAAUUGUUGAGUGUGACUUGGGUCAGACACCUCUUCAUAAAGCGGCUGCAAGAGGUUAUGUUGACAUCUUAGAGAGCUUCAUUGCAGACGAACCUAACGUGAACAUGGAAGAUCACACAGGAUGGGCUCCAUUCAAUGCUGCCGUUCAGUAUGGCCAUCUAGAAACCGUCAAAUAUCUCAUGACUCAAGGAGCGAAGCAGAACAGAUAUGAUGGAAUGACUCCACUCUAUGCCGCAGCAAAAUUUGGUCAUUUAGACCUCGUCAAAUUCUUCAUUACCAAAGGAGCUGAUGUGAAUGAAGGAAAUGAAAAGGGGAAAAUUCCCCUCCACAGUGCAGCCGCUAGGGGUCACAUGAAAAUUGUGGAAUAUCUCAUUCAGCAAGGAUCCACUGUGAACAAGGGUGAUGCCAAGGGUUGGACGCCCUUCAAUGCAGCAGUCCAGUAUGGCCAUCUUGAAGCCGCCAAAUAUCUCGUGACUGAGGGGGCAAAGCAAAACAGAUAUGCUGGUAUGACCCCACUCUAUGUAGCUGCAGAAUGGGGUCAUUUAGACAUCGUCAAAUUCUUCAUAUCCAAUGGUGCUGAUGUGAAUGAAGAAGAUGAAGACGGGAUAAUUCCUCUCCAUGGUGCAGCUGCUUUGGGUCACUCGAAAGUCGUUCAAUAUCUCAUUCAACAAGGAUCCGAUGUGAACAAGAAAGAUAACACCGGAUGGACGCCAUUCAAUGCUGGCGUUAGGUGUAGUCUUCUAGAAGACACCAAAUAUCUCUUUCAUAAGAGAGCGAAACAGAACAGGUAUGAUGCAUUAAGCUUAGAUCAAUUUGAUCUCGACAAAGACCUCAUUUCUAAAGGAGGUAAUGUCAACGUAGAACAUUACGACGGGAUAAGUCCUCUUCACGAUGCAGCUGUUUUGGGUCACGUGAAAGUCAUGGAAUUUCCCAUUCAACAAGGGUCUGAUGUGGACAAGAAAGAGAACACUGGAUGGACAUCAUUUAUUGCUGCUGUUCAAGAGGGCCAUCGCGUAGCUGUCAAAUAUCUCAUAACUGAAGGAGCGGAAGAGAACAGAUAUGAUAAAAUCACCCCAUUUUGUGCAGCUGCAGAAUUUGGUCAUUUCGACAUCGUCAAAUCCAUCAUAUCCAAUGAAGUUGAUGUCGGCGAAGAAAAUGAAGAAGAGAUGAUUCCUUUCCUUGCUGCUGCUAUUUGUGGUAAUGCUGAAGUCAUUGAAUAUCUCAAUCAACAAGAAUCUGAUGAGAACAAGAGUGAUUCCGAGGGUAAUACAUUAUUAAAUGCUGAAGUUCACUAUGGCCAUAUAGAAGCUGUCAAAUAUGUCGUUACUGAAGGAGUAAAGAAGGACAGAUCCGCCAGAGAGAACCCGCUCAAUACCGCAGCAGGAUUUGGUCAUUUAGACAUCGUCAAAUUAAUCAUAUCCAAUGAAGUUGAUGUCGGCGAAGAAAAUGAAGAAGAGAUGAUUCCUUUCCUUGCUGCUGCUAUUUGUGGUAAUGCUGAAGUCAUUGAAUAUCUCAAUCAACAAGAAUCUGAUGAGAACAAGAAUGAUUCCGAGGGCUGGACUCCAUUCAAUGCUGCUGUUCAAAAUGGUCAUUCAGAGGCCUUCAAGCUCCUUCACGGCGCAGCUGCUCGGGGUCGCAUGAAAAUCAUUGAAUAUCUCAUUCAGCAAGGGUAUGAUGUAAACAAGGCAGACGCUAAAGGUUGGACGCCAUUCAAUGCUGCAGUUGGAUAUGGCCGUAAGGAGGCUGUUAAGUAUCUCGUAAGCAAAGAAGCUAAGCACAACAUGUGCCUUAGAAGGACCCCACUCUGUGCUGCAGCACGAUUUGGUGAUUUAAACAUGGUCAAAUUCCUCAUAUCCGAAGGAGCUGAUGUGAACGACGAAGAUGAAACAGGCGAGAUUCCUCUCCACGGUGCAGCUGCUCGAGACGCUACAGGUUGGACGCCAUUUUAUGCUGCAGUUCGAUAUGGCCGAUUAGACGCUGUCAAGUAUCUCGUGAAUAAAGGAGCAAAGCAGAACAUGUGUCUUAGAAGGACCCCUCUUUAUGCUGCAGCACGAUUUGGUUAUUUAGACAUCGUCAAAUUCCUCAUGUCCAAAGGAGCUGAUGUGAACGAAGAAGAUGAAACAGGGAAGAUUCCUCUCCACGGUGCAGCUGAUCGAGGCCACUUGGAAGUCAUGGAAUAUCUCAUUCAGCAAGGAUCGGAUGUGAACAAGGGUGAUGCCCAGGGUUGGACUCCAUUCAAUGUUGCUGUUCAAUACGGCCAUCUUGAAGCCGUCAAAUACCUCACGACUAAAGGAGCGAAGCAGAACAGAUGUGCUGGUAUGACCCCACUCUAUGCCGCAGCAAAACUUGGUCAUUUAAACAUCGUCAAAUUCUUGGUGUCCAAAGGAGCUGAUGUGAACGAAGAAGAUGAUGAAGAGAAGAUUCCUCUCCACGGUGCAGCUUCUCGAGGCCGCAAACAAGUCAUGCAAUAUCUAAUUCAGCAAGGAUCUGAUGUGAACAAGGAUGAUGCCAAGGGUUGGACACCAUUCAAUGCUGCCGUUCAAUAUGGCCAUCUAGGAGCUGUCAAAUACCUCACGACUAAAGGAGCAAAGCAGAACAGAUGUGCUGGUAUGACCCCACUCUAUGCCGCAGCAAAACUUGGUCAUUUAGACAUCGUCAAAUUCUUGGUGUCCGAAGGAGCUGAUGUGAACGAAGAAGAUGACAAAGGGGUGAUUCCUCUCCACGGUGCAGCUGCUCGAGGCCAUAUAGAGGUCAUGGAAUAUCUCAUUCAGCAAGGAUCUGAUGUGAACAAGGAUAAUGCCAAGGGUUGGACACCAUUCAAUGCUGCCGUUCAAUGUGGCCAUCUAGGAGCCGUUAAAUACCUCACGAGUAAAGGAGCAAAGCAGAACAGAUGUGCUGGUAUGACUCCACUCUAUGCCGCAGCAAAACUUGGUCAUUUAAACAUCGUCAAAUUCUUGAUGUCGGAAGGAGCUGAUGUGAACAAAGAAGAUGAUGAAGAGAAGAUUCCUCUCCACGGUGCAGCUUCUCGAGGCCGCAAACAAGUCAUGCAAUAUCUAAUUCAGCAAGGAUCUGAUGUGAACAAGGAUGAUGCCACGGGUUGGACACCAUUCAAUGCUGCUGUUCAAUAUGGCCAUCUAGGAGCUGUCAAAUACCUCACGACUAAAGGAGCAAAGCAGAACAGAUGUGCUGGUAUGACCCCACUCUAUGCCGCAGCAAAACUUGGUCAUUUAGACAUCGUCAAAUUCUUGGUGUCCGAAGGAGCUGAUGUGAACGAAGAAGAUGACAAAGGGGAGAUUCCUCUCCACGGUGCAGCUUCUCGAGGCCACAUGAAAGUCAUGGAAUAUCUCAUUCAGCAAGGAUCGGAUGUGAACAAGAAAGAUAACACUGGGUGGACUCCAUUCAAUGCUGCCCUUCAAUGUGGCCAUCUAGAAGCCGUCAAAUGCCUCAUGACUGAAGGAGCGAAGCAGAACAGGUAUGCUGGUAUGACUCCACUCUAUGCCGCAGCAAAACUUGGUUUUGUAGACAUCAUAAAACUCUUCAUUCACGAAGGAGUCGAUGUAAACGAGGAAAAUGAUACAGUACGGAUUCCUCUCCAUGGAGCGGCUAUCCACGGUGACACUGAACUCAUGAAAUAUCUCAUUCAACAAGGAUCUAAUGUAAACCAGAACGAUGCCAUGGGUUGGACUCCAUUGAAUGCUGCUAUUCAAUAUGGUCAACUCGAAGCUGUCCAAUACCUCGUGACUCAAGGAGCGAAGCAGAACAGAUAUGAUGGAAUGACCCCACUCUAUGCCGCAGCACAAUUUGGUCAUUUAGAUAUCGUCAAAUUCUGUAUAUCCAAUGGUGCUGAUGUGAAUGAAAAAAAUGACAAAGGGAUGCUUCCUCUCCAAGGUGCUACUGCUCGAGGCCACAUCGAGGUCAUGGAAUAUCUUAUUCAACAAGGAUCUGAGGGAAACAAGACCAAGGAUGAUGCCAAGGAUCGGACUACGUUUUUUGCUGCUGUUCAAAAUGGCCAUCUCGAAGCUGUCCAAUACCUCAUGACUGAAGGAGCGAAGCAGAACAGAUAUGAUGGCAUGACCCCACUCUAUGCCGCAGCAAAACUUGGUCUUUUAAACAUCGUCAAAUUCUUGAUGUCCGAAGGAGCUGAUGUGAAUGAAGAAAAUAAUAAAGGGAUGCUUCCUCUCCACGGUGCAGCUGCUCGAGGCCACAUCGAGGUCGUGGAGUAUCUAACCCAGCAAGGUUCUGAUGUCAACAAAAAAGAUUUCAGAGAGUGGACCCCAUUAGAUGCUGCAGUCAAAAACGGCCAUCUAGAAAUUGUCAAAUUUCUUAUGGCGAAAGGAUCAGAGGGUACCACGUUUGACGGAUUGACCCUACCUCACAUUGCAACACAAUAUGACCAUGCUGAGUUGGUAGAAUUUAUUGUUACCAAUGGAUAUGAUGUGAACGACAGAAGCGAAUGCGGCAAGUCCCCUCUUCAUGCAGCAUGUUAUGGAUGGUCACCACAUCAUGCCACUGCACAAGAAGAACGCCAAGAAAAUCACCUUACAUUGAAUGGAGCAGACAUGAACGCGAAGGACAUAGAUAGUUUGACACCCCUUCAGGCAGCUGUAAAUGCCGGCCAUGCCCAUGCAAUAGAAGUCAUCUCACCACAUAGAGGUGACCCGGAUCAAGAAGAAACAGGAGAUCCAAGAUCUGGAGGCCACCAUAAUCUCAUUAGCAAAGGAUAUGUGACGGUAUCACUGAAAAAUGCAGACACGCAGUCACGUAUAGGACAGUUAGCAUCUCAGGUAGAUAAUGGAGAGGAUGAGAAUGACUGCACUCAAGCUGAUAUUGCGAAGAGAGGAUCCGAUGAGCUCUCCUUGAAGUAUCUUUCCACGAGGACCCAUGAUGAUGAUGGUCAGGAGCACAAUCCUUUCAUUCAGGCUAAGCUGAAAUGUCCUGACAAAAGUGAAAAAGAUCCAAUGAUAUGUCUGAGAAAAGCAAUGAAGUGCCCAGUGCCAGGGGAAGGAGACACCAUAACACAUGGCACAGACCGCUCUUCCCCGCAUGGACCUCAGACAGGGCAAUACAGCGGAUUCGACCCACCCUUUCUACAAACCGUGGAGAGUGACAGUUGUCCGUCUAAAAGAUCGGAAUCUAGAUGUCACUCAUCAAUUGACGAAAACAGGCAAAUGAGAGAAUCUUCUUCACCGCUGAAUGCUGGAAAUGAUCUGACAACCAACGAAACAUCAGUAAAGCUUGAGAGGUACUAG